AUGACCAACUCUCCUUCAACCUUUCAUCCUCGCCCAAUCGUCAACGAACCACCUCGCAAGCGCGCCAAAAGCGGUCACGACGGUUGCAGCUACCUCAUCAGAGACACACUCCCGAAAGUCUCACUACCACCCGCUGUCAUGGCGCAAUCAACAGCCACCCUCAACACAUACAUCCCACACACCUCCCUCGAAACCAUCUCGAACAAGAUCAAAAAACUGCAAAGCGACCUCAGCGAAGCGGCAAACGGUCAAUGCUUUGGACCAGGCAAACAAAAGGUUCUCGACUGUAAACAUGAUGUCGAUGUCUUGGCAGGUAUGGUGAAGGGACUAGAUGUCCAUAGUGCCGCACGCAAGAAAUCUCUCGACAUGUUAGUGGAAGCAAGCAUCGACCAGCUAUUCGACAAACACGUCGGCAAAGCCAAGAAAGCAGUCGAUGGAGACACCAAGCAACUCAUCAGAGAGAUGCUUUGUAGCACCGCUGAUGAGAAGGUCGCCAAAGCUGCCAUCAAGGAAGGCCUCAACAAUGAAUCCGACGUGCUUCUGAACUUCGAAGCCAAAUUCAGGCAACACUUCAGGGAAGUCCUAGCUGACGCAGUAGCGAGCCUGAUGGCAGAAAGACACAGACAGAUCGUCUUGGAGCAACUCAUGAAGACUUGA